UUUUCGUUCUUGAGUUGUUCUUUCUUUGGUUGCAGAAACCUGCACAUCCAUCCGCCAUUCCUGAACCUAUCACCUCAGCUUUGCUCAAGGCGCCCCAGAGCUUCCCAAAUUACCUCGCUCCAUCACUCGCUGCACAUUCUAGCUGCUGUCCAAGCGAGGGACUAUUGCCAUGGCGCCGGCACUCAAGCAGUGGAUGAAGUUUAAGGAGCCCAUGGUUUUGGUGCAGUGUGCGAUUGCGGAGCUCCUCGGGACUAUGUUCUUCGUGUUCCUUGGCUCUCUCUCGGUCUCCGUUUCCAGCCCAUUCACCCUGAACGAGCCUCUGACUCGCGUGAUCGUCAUCGCCUUGGGUUAUGGCCUUGGCUUGGCGCUCGCUGUUUCGGCAACGGCCGGCGUCUCUGGCGGCCACAUCAAUCCGGCCGUCUCUAUCUGCCUGGCAGCCGUCGGCCUCGUCGACGUGCUAUCCGCGGUCGUCUACAUCGUUGCGCAGAUUGUGGGAGCCAUCUUCGGCGCGGGACUCGCUAAGGCUAUCGUGCCUUCUGCUGUCAAGGGAAUUCUCGGCCAAACGGUGCCGGGCAUUGCAACUUCAACCGGCCAGGCUUUUCUGGCAGAGAUGCUGUUCACCGCGAUUCUCGUCUACACCAUUUUCGCCUGCGCCGUCGACCCCAGAGGCCCUGGCGCGCUCGCACCCCUUCUGAUCGGCUUAUCCGUUCUUAUCGACAAUGCCGUGGGUGUGCCUCUAACGGGGGCGUCCAUGAACCCUGCCCGCUCGUUCGGACCCGCAGUUUGGUCGGGUGUGUGGACGGACCAAUGGAUUUAUUGGAUUGCCCCGAUCCUUGGCGCGCUUCUUGUGGCGAUUCCUUACACGGGGAUUUACCUCAUGCCUCUCGCCAAGAACGGGGGCGACGACGGCGAAACCAAGGACGACGUUUAGAGCGUGAGCAGAAUUAGCCAACGUCGGGGUGCGGUUCAGAGCGGUGUGCGCGAAUGCUUCCGCGCUGUUGUGCACUUGAAAGAGUCGAUUUCUCGUUGAGGUGAAUUCGAGCGGGCAGUUGGUUGUUUUUUGGAGAAUUUUAGUCUUUGUGCUUAGCUGAUAAACCCGAAACACUGGGUACGAUACGAGGUUGGGCUCCGCAUUGCCUCCACUCAGGGCGAGCCCGCGAACGGGUUCCCAUUGGAAGAGGUCGUAGGAGGAACACGCUUUUGGUGCCUAGGCUUGUGUUCUAGUUACCAUUUUUGUGUUGUGGGGAUUCUGAUGUCUCGUCAGUACCGUUUUGUCUUCGGCAAGCAAGGCUUUUGGAAGUC